AGUCUUUUCUCUGUUACAGACUAGUGGGUCCUGAUGGAUGUUUCCGAAACACUUGAGCAAAACCCCCGCUCUCCCAGCGAGAAAGACGAAGAGGAGGAUGACCACCAGCCCUCUGAUGAUGAAAUCCUGAAAGAGAGUGGUUCGGAGCAGGAUGGGGAGGAAGGACGGGGCACCUGUUUGGGGGAAGGUGCAGAAGGUAUAACCAGAACAUUGAGCCAUGGGGAGGAGGAAGGCAUUCCCUCAGAGGAAGAGGAGCGCUUAAGUGAAACCAAGUCUCAGGACUCUGAUCGUAAUGAUCAAAGCCAACCGCUUAAGUCCUCCCUGCAUGUUGAGGAAGAGGAAGAUGGGGCAAACGACCUGGGUGAUGAAGCCUCCUCAGUCAUUCGGGAACUGGAUGAGCAUGAACUGGACUAUGACGAGGAGGUUCCUGAGGAGCCUAGCACUGUUCCUGCAGAUGAUGAGGCUGACAAGGCUGUGGGAGAGGAGGAGGAAGAGGAGGAGGAAGAAAAGGGAGAAGAACCUCCAGGGGAUGAGAAAAAGCCUGCCCCCAAAAGCAACAAUGAGAAGGAUGGGCAGGAGCCUCCCAAGGAGAAGAAGAAGGAAGAAGAUGGAGAAAUUGAUGAUGGCGAGAUUGAUGAUGAUGAUCUGGAGGAGGGAGAGGUGAAAGAUCCCAGUGACAGAAAAGUGAGGCCACGACUGACCUGCCGUUUUUUUGUGAAAGGACACUGUACUUGGGGCAUGAACUGCCGAUUUAUUCAUCCUGGUGUGAAUGACAAAGGAAACUACUCUCUGAUUACCAAGCCAGAUCCUUUCUCUCCUAAUGGUGCCCCACCUAUUGGUCCUGGACCUCACCCUCUGAUGCCAGCCAACCCUUGGGGAGGGCCUGGUGUUGAUGAAAUCUUCCCACCCCCACCUCCUGACCCUCCCACAGAAAGUGCCUGGGAACGGGGCCUCCGUCAUGCUAAGGAGGUGCUGAAAAAGGCUACCAUGAGGAAAGAACAAGAACCCGAUUUUGAAGAAAAACGGUUUACGGUGACCAUUGGGGAAGACGAGCGUGAAUUCGACAAAGAGAAUGAAUUUUUACGGGACUGGAACUAUCGCAUCACUCGGGAUGUGCGGGAUUCAAGUGAAACGGACAUCAAAGAGAACAUUAAUUAUGGGCUCGAUCCAUACUCAGAUCCCUACUAUGAUUAUGAAAUAGAACGCUUCUGGCGGGGAGGACAGUAUGAGAACUUCAGGGUACAGUACACCGAUCCAGACCCAUACCGCAAUUACAGACUGAGUAAGGAAAGGGAACGAGAGAGGGAGCGGGAAAACCGGCAGCGCGAACGGGAGCGGGAGAGAGAGCGGGAGCGGGAGCGCGAGAGGCGGCAGAGAGAGAGGGAACGCGAAAGGGAACGGGAGCGGGACAAGGAGCGCCAGCGACGGAAAGAAGAGUGGGAGAGGGAGAGAGAGCGCAUCAAGCGAGACGACAAGGAUCGGCCACACCGGGACCGAGAUCGGGACCGGGAGAAAGAGCGAGAGAAGGAGAAAGAGAAGCCAAAGCCUCGUUCACCCCAGCCACCCAGCCGUCAGCCUGAGCCAUCAAAGAAAGAGAAGGAGGCAACUACGACCACUCCUUCUCAGUCCAAGAGAGCAGAUGAAUGGAAGGAUCCUUGGCGCCGAUCAAAAUCUCCCAAAAAAAAGCAUGGCAUGUCCGCUUCACCCAGUCAUGCUCGGAGGCGCCGGAAAACCUCUGCUUCAUCAGCUUCUGGCUCGGGUUCUUCCAGGUCAUCCUCCCGCUCCUCCUCCUAUUCUGGAUCUGGUUCUUCACGGUCACGUUCCAGAUCUUCCUCCUACAGCUCCUAUUCCAGUCGCUCUUCCAGGCACAGCUCCUUCUCGGGCAGUCGAUCCAGGUCGCAGUCCUUCUCCUCUUCGCCGUCUCCUUCGCCCACACCAUCUCCACACAAGCCUCCUCCCAAACCUAAAGGGGAACCUGCAACUCUGGCUGGAAAGGGCGAAAAGCUUGUGAAGAAACUCCCUGCCCCACCAGCACCUCCACCAGUGGCAAAAGUUGCCCCCUCUGCCCCAGAGCCAGCCAAGCCAGGGGACAACAGGGAGGCCAGACGGAAGGAGCGGCAAACGAGGACGCCUCCCAGGAGGCGGGCCAUUAGUUGCAGCGUGAGUGGCAGCGGCAGCAGCUACAGCGGUUCCAGCUCCCGUUCAAGAUCCUUGUCUCGGUCCCUCUCCCGGUCUCAUUCCCGGUCCUCCUCGGCCUCUCUUUCCCCGUCCCCAUCUGGGUCCAGAAAGUCCAGGUCUCUGAGCGUGAGCAGCGUCUCAUCCGCCUCCAGUGCCUCCUCCAGCAGCAGCUCCGUCCGCAGUGCUGACUCGGAAGACAUGUACGCAGAUCUGGCCAGCCCGGUUUCUUCGGCUAGCUCCCGGUCCCUGACCCCAGCCCAGCAGAAGAAAGAAAGAGGAAAGGCCAAGAAGGACAGUGGCAUGAAGGAGGAGAAACGGAAGCGAGAAGUCCCAGCACAGCCCGCCAAAGCUGCCAAGCCUGUCCAGGGGGGCAAGUCUCAGCAGCCUCCUGCCCCUCACCUGCCCCCCCAGACCCAGCCCACUGGCUUUAGUGCCCAUAAGGAAAUCAAGCUCACCCUAUUAAACAAGGCAGCUGACAAGAACAGCAGCCGGAAGAGGUACGAGCCCUCCGACAAAGACAGGCAGGCUUCUCCCCCGGCCAAGAGGAUCAACCUGUCUCCAGGGACUCGCGACAGGAAACCCGCAGGAAGGCUCUCCUCUCCUAAACAGGACCGUCAGCGGGGCCCAAAUCCAAAGCCCACCCCAGCACAGGCUGACAAGAAGCGCCCGCUCUCACCUCAGUCUAAGGGUUCCAGCAAGGUGACAAGUGUCCCGGGCAAAGCGGCUGAGCCCGUCCCUCCGGCUGCAGCCGCCAAAUCGGGCAAGUCCAGCACGUUGUCACGAAGGGAGGAGCUCCUGAAGCAGCUGAAGGCCGUGGAAGACGCCAUUGCCCGGAAGCGGGCCAAGAUCCCUGGCAAAGUAUAGUCAGAGUCCGUCCGGCCCAGAUUAGAGACUGCUCCUGGGUUUUUAUAAAUAGCGUACAAGCAGCCACUUCGGAUUUUGCAGUUCUGUUUUAUUUUGGCUGUGGUCCUUUUAAAAAAAAAACAAAAAGCAAAUUGGAAAAGGUUAAUUCUUGUCAGCUGGAACCCGCCCCUGCCCACUCCCUGGGUCAGAGGUGGUCCCCUGAUUUCCUCUCUGACCCAGGCGCUGCUGGCACUGGGGCCCGAGCGGUCACCGUGAUCACUUUCCUGUUCCUCGUGCACAGCGGACUCUUCACUGCAGCCCUGUCCAAUGCGCCUCCUCCGCCC